AGCCUUAUACUUUUCAGCGUUUUCCGACGGUUCUUCCGCCGUUGCUCCGCCGUCAACCUCCCUCUGAAAAAAUCCCAAUUAUUUAAUUUUCAACUUCUUUUUUGCAAAAUUUAACCUUUUUAUUUAUUUAUUUUACAGAUUUGGCCUAAUGGGUCUAUAAGACUUUGGUCAAGAUUCAAGAUCUGGAGCAAAUUUAGGGAUCAAGAACUGAUUUUUCUGAUUUGGGUCUGCUUUGUUUCUAGUCUUUGCACAUAAGAAUGUUUCAACUGUAACUAUCUGUGAGAUUCCUAUAACUAUCUUGGUGGAAAUUGGGUUAAAAUUCAGGAUUUUGAGAUGGAGCCAAAUAUAGAGGAAGCACUACAAGCUAAAGCGAAUGCUGAAAGGAAAUUUGCAGAGAGAGACUUUGUGGGUGCAAAGAAUUAUGCUUUAAAAGCUCAGAUGUUGUGUCCUCAGUUAGAAGGCAUAUCACAAAUGGUAGCAACAUUUGGUGUUCACAGUGCGGCAGAGAUGAAGGUUAAUGGAGAAUUUGAUUUCUACACAAUAUUGGGUAUGGAUCCAUCUGCAAACAGGGCUAAGCUGAAGAAACAAUAUAAAAGGAUGGCUGUGUUACUCCAUCCUGAUAAGAACAAAAGUAUAGGAGCUGAUGGUGCAUUUAGGCUUGUCUCUGAAGCAUGGACUGUAUUGUCUGAUCGUGCUAAAAGAAGUUCUUAUGAUCAGAGGAGAAGUUUAUUUACUCUGCAUACUUCUGGUGUUGGCAACUAUGGUAAUUACUCCAACUCUUCAGCUUCUCAAAGCAGGCACGAUACAUUUUGGACUGUUUGUACCUCUUGUCAGGUUCAGUAUGAAUAUCUUAGGAAAUAUGUGAACAAAAGACUGUCUUGUAAGAACUGUCGUGGGGUUUUCAUAGCUGUUGAAACUGGAUUGGCCCCAGUAAACGGUUCCUAUGCUUUUAGCCCUUGGCCUUAUGCGUCUGAGAACGGAUACAAAAGCCAUGGUUGUGGGGUUACGUAUGUCCCAACAUCGCCUCCUUAUUCUGCAAAUAAUGGGGUACCAGCACAUCAUUCUAAGCGCAGUUCGGAGCAUGUUUCUAAUUUAUCCUUUCAGUGGAGCUCCUUCCCUGGAACUUCUGCUGGAGUUCUGGAUCCGAAUGGGUCAGCCACCGGCUUCAGUUUUACCCAACAGGCAAAUACGAUAGCCUCUGGAAGAAAAGCCAAUGGGAAGCAAGAACUUAUAAAGAUGGCUGGUGUGGUUGCCAGUGGGUCGGUGAGUAGUGAUCAACUGCCCCGCAGACCUGGUAGGCCUCCUAAGAAGAGGAAAAUUGAUGUGGACAGUACAAGUAGUUAUGUGAAUGGCGAAGUGGCUCCAAGAGCUUCUGCAGAAGUCAUAAUGGCUGAUGGAAACGGGAAUGAGAAUUUGAAAAGAAAUCUUAAGCUUCCUGUGCCUGACGUUUCAAUCAGAAGAUGGUCCGCAGCUCCUGCAUUUGAUGCAAGACAGUUAUUAAUCGACAAGGCAAGAACAGAUAUCCGCAAGAAACUGGAAGAGAUCAGGUUGACUUCCGAAGCUGCUGCUGCAGAGGCCGAGAAAGAGAGAAAGGUGCAUGCACAAUUUGGUGAAUCCAGUGAAAGAUCUAAAAGAGCAGGUUUGGGUGUUGCUGCUCAUGAAUCAGAUAUGAGGAAAAGUGGGUCCAUGAUUAUGACAGUCCCAGACUCUGACUUCCAUGAUUUUGACCAGGAUAGAUCAGAGGAUUGCUUCAAGCCGAAGCAGAUAUGGGCUUUAUAUGACGAGGAAGAUGGUAUGCCUCGCUUGUAUUGUCUGAUCCGCCAAGUUAUCUCAGUGCAGCCAUUCAAGAUUCAUAUCAGCUACUUAAGUUCAAAAACAGAUACUGAAUUUGGGCUUGUCAAUUGGUUGGAUUCUGGUUUUACCAAGUCAUGUGGAAAGUUUAGGGCAUUUAACUCUGAUAUUGUUGAGCAAGUCAACAUAUUUUCUCAUCUUCUAAGUAGGGAGAAGGCUGGAAGAGGAGGGUGUGUCCAAAUCUAUCCAAAAAAUGGAGACAUUUGGGCCAUAUAUCGAAAUUGGUCGACCAAUUGGAACAGGAAAACCCCAGAUGAAGUGAGGCACCAGUAUGAAAUGGUGGAGGUCCUUGGUGAUUAUUCUGAAGACUUUGGUGUUUGUGUUGCUCCUUUGGUUAAGUUAGAUGGAUUCAAGACAGUAUACCAAAGAAACACGAACAAGGAUGCCAUCCGAAAGAUUCCAAGAAGAGAGAUGUUGCGGUUUUCACAUCAGGUGCCAUCUCGUUUACUGAAAGGAGAAACAAUGAACUUGCCGGAGGGAUGCUGGGAGCUUGACCCUGCUGCAACUCCAGAUGAUUUGCUUCAAGGAGUUAGUGAUGUACAGGAGGAAAGACCUAUUCAGGUAGAACACUCUGCUGUUUCCGACAUGUUCGAUGGGGCCAUCAUACCUGGCUCGCAGAUUCAAGAAAACUUAAAUGAACAGAAAACCCUGUUUAGACCUUCCACCGAGCUUCCUCAAUCCGUAAGGCAAAUUCAUACCUAUAAGGAACCGAGUAAAGUGGACAAUCUCAACGCUACACCAGGUGAGCAUCUUCGGGCUGUGAUGAAUGAAUAAGUUAAGGUAAAGGCCAAGCAAAAUAGUAGGAAAUUUGAUUCAGAGGUCCUUUUUUUCAUAAUCACUCUAACAGUGUAAUGAGGAUUCAGAUUGUAUAGAUUUAUUUAUACACACAGCGAAGGAUGAUUCUCAAAACAUUAGAUAGGUGGCAGGAUCCAAAGUGAUCUGUAACACUUGUACUCAUUGUUUUAGGUUGCUAUAGGUUUAAGAGCGGCUUUGUACUGAUAACUCUGAUUCGUAUCCUUUACAGAAGUUUUCUGAUUCAUAUCCUUAACAGAAUUUCUUUUUGUUUGUCAAGAACUAUAGUGGACAUUUCUUCA